AUGCGUCCCCAAUUCAUCAUCGCAGGGGUCUUCGCCCUCGUCGCCAACGCCAGCGCCAUGGAAGCCUCUGACGCCAAGCUCCGCCCCCGCGCAGACAUUGACCUAAGCCCAAUGAAUAAUCUCAUGACCUACGACCAAUGCAGAGACAGUUGCGUUUCCGGAUUCGAGCGAAGCGGCGGCGUUCCUCGAAACUUUGAAGUCAUUUGCUACGAUAAAUGUCUGCACCUGUUGAAGGAGCAGGCGAAAUUCGCGACUGCAAAUUAUCAAGCGGCUUUGAAAUUCCCCGGCCCACGAAUGAACACGGAGAAGCGGCAGGAAUUAGGGCGUCGGUAA